CUUCGUAUUCUGUAAGGGAGCAAUAUGGACAGAACUUUAAAGCAAUUGCUUGACAAAAGCAUUGAGGAUAAGAUGGAGUGGGACACUUUGUGCAUCCCUUUUCCAACAAAAGAUGGAGAUGUCAACCUUUGCGAUUACAUUGGUCUAGAUUGUAAGCACAUGGGAGAGUGUUUCUUUUUCCCCGAAGAAUACAACUCACAUUUGAAGGAAACUAGAGAUUCCCUUUCAAAAGCCCUAAAGAUUGCAGCGGCUGAGGGGAAAUUCCCCCUGGUUGAUCGAGGAUGGAAUGGGAAGCAAAUAUUUAUCCGAUUCGAAUGUUUUCGGACCAGAGUUUGCAACAAAGAGAAGCAGAUACAGAACAGUCCUCCCGCUCUUGAAAAAAAAGAAACGCAGUGUCUCUUACAAAAAGGCGCAAAAGGGGAAAGAAUGCACCUUCCGCUUCAGUGUGUAUUGGGUGCCAACGCAGAGCCGAUGGUGUCUUUUUGGAGGUGUCAAAGGUAAUUGUAAGUUUCACUGUCAUCAUUUGCCCAUGGAUCCUGGAGAGGUAAAAAAAAGCGUUGCCUACAUUAAAGGGAAUGAUGUCCAAAUUGCAAUGGAUGCCGCCAAAAGUAACGCUCCUCCUAGUUUAAUUGGUCGAUUGCUACAGCUACAAACCGGAGACAUCUUGUCUGAGUCAUCACUGAAGAACAUACGAAUGCAAGCAGAAAUGGAAGAACGGGCCAACUGCGGUGGCAAUGAUGACUUCAUGACACAAGCGGAUCAACUUUUAGCGUACCUUGAGAAUACCCCUAAUAUCAGUUUCUGCGCUAUAUAUGAUGAGCCUGAUUCGCCUCUAUUUACCACACCGAAGCCUAGGGUCAAAAAUGGUCGAAGGCUUCUCCAUACAAGGACUCAAGUUCGCUCUGAGGGACGGGCAGAACAAGGCAUGCUUGAUGAUCAUGCACUGAAUGCUAUUGACCCCAAAGGGGAGCUUGAUGACUAUGUUGACCGGACACGACAAGCAUUUAGGCUCAAUAGCUCCACUAAGAUGCUUCUAGGAGUUGCUUGGACGGAUGACGAGACCAGAAAAGUUUUUGCCCGCUUUUCCGAGGUAAUGGUUGCAGACGUGACUGAAGGGACAAACAAUGCCAAGCGGCCCUUGUUUUUGCUUUCGGGAAAGACGUCAAAUCGUAAUACCUAUACAGCGCUCUGGGCAUUUUUGCCUCAGCAGGCUCGAUGGGCAUUCCAGUGGGUGUGGACACGCUGUAUUCCACAACUCCUGCCAGAGCAAGGGAUCAAACGCAUGCGCCUAGUAAUCACCGAUGGAGACCAAAAAGAGUACGGCACUUUUGUGGAUGCGAUUCCAACUAUAUAUACAAAAUGUUGUCAUAAAUUGUGCCACUGGCAUCUGCUAUAUCGAGGGGAUCUAAUGAAGGUACAAAUUGGGAAGUGCGGGGCAAAAGCUACAGUUCUAUUCCGUGUUGUUGUUCAUUGGAUUGACAGCUGGAUGAAAUCAGUUGAGACAGAAAAUGAGUACAAUUUGUCGAAGGAGCUUUUGGGUAAUUGGUUAAAACUUCCAGAGACUCUAGACAUCCAACAAGGCGGUAUGGGUCGCGCUAUUGUGUCACAAAUCAAUGCAUUUUUGACAGUUUCUCUCUUUCCUCACGAAAAGCGUUGGACGUCCGCAAGCUCAUACGUUGAAGCGGAAAAUAGUGCCCUCAAACGACGUGGUGAUGGAGUGAAGCCAAACUUUUCCGUACCAAAAGCAGCAAGGGUCAUUCAUGAAGGCACACAGAUAAGAAGCUUAAAAAGGCAGCAGAAAGCAGUCCACAAUCUGAAUGCUACAAGAAAAGACAAGCCAGCCUACUACACAAAGCUAACGGACUUGGUAGACUAUGUUCAGGAUGCAGUUUCUGGAGAAUUUCAAGCUGCAGCAAUGUUUGAGCUUUUCCGUCCAAGUGCCACCACAUUUUGGGUCAAAAAAGCUUCUUACAAACAUCAAGGUCCAAAAACCCGGAAUUUUGAUCAUAAAGAUUUCAUCCAUUACAUGGUUCCACGAUUCGAGCGAACACGUAUUGUGCAAUGUAUUGAAAAACAAGGGAAAAACGUUUUGGUAUGCAGUUGUGGAAAGUUUCAACAACAUGGUUUUCCAUGUGCCCAUAUCUACAAGGUGCUUGAUAGACCACCAACAGCAAUGGAUGUAUCGGUCCGAUGGUCAAAGUACUGGAAUGUGUAUUUGUACAAGUCUGGUGAAAAGGACCUGUCAGACAAGCUCGAGGCUUUGUACGAAAAUGAGCAAUUAGGUCCACUUUUGGAAGGCAAUGACCGUUGGCAAAUUGGAAAGGGCGAGAAGGAGUCAACUUAUUUUGAAUGUUCGCUACCAGGUGAGCCACCAAUUGUUCAGAAAAGUAAUUUUUGGGCGUUGUGGUCUUUGAAAACGUAUGGGAUCUGGAAUAGUACCACAAGAAAAGCAACUGAUCCAGCAGCAAGUGGUAGCCUACACGAGGAAAUUAAACUGUCCCAGGAACAUGUACCUCAUGAUGGAUUGAGUAAAGGUGAAGCAGGAAUGGACAACUCUGGUGAUGAUAUGGAUCUAUCAGUGGAGGUGGAAGAAUUGCAAAUGAAAAAAUGCAAGGCAGUGUUGCAACAAGGGCUGAGGCCACAGAUUGCAGUAUUGGACCAGCUAUUGGGAACGAACGGUUAGGUCGACGGCUAAAACCAAACUAUAGUCCUUUAAAAGGAAAUCGAAUGCGAAAACGAAAGAAGAAAAGAAAGGAUUCCCCUCUAGGAAGCGAAUAAAUGC